UUUGGUUUCUUCGCCGGAUUUGAUGUCGUCAACUUUGUAAACAUUCGUUAUCAUAUCACCGCGAUACAAAGCUGGUUCGACGCCUCCGAGCGAGUGCUCGACGCGCGCGCCCCCUUCCUACUUCCCCCCUGUCCCCAACUGCCCCCGACUGGUGCAGUCUCAUUUCUGUCGCCAGAACGACCGCACGUCGCUUUUAUCGAUUAAAAGCUUCUCGUGAUCGAGCUUUGUCUAUCUUAUUUAUAAUGAAGUGUUAUCAGUUUUCCCCAUAACUUAACUCACCACAACUGCGUUUGAUUCAGUGUCAGUGAUUACAGUGUACGCACAAUCAGCUGCGUUAUUUAUCGUUGAACCGUCAUCGUUAACGGUUAAAGUUGUGCCUGUAUCGUCUAAUUUAACUAAGUUCGUGAUUGUGCUUAUGUCAAUUGACGGGAUGUCUCAAAGAGUCUAGUCUUGCAACAUAAACAGGAGCGGCUUGGCGCGGCGUAGCGGGCGGGCCGCGCCAUGGGUAACAAGUGCUGCAGCCGCCGCCACGACCCCGACCGACCCUUAGUAUACCCAGCGUACAAGAAGAACGAGGCAGGCUUCACAACAUGCCCAUCGCUGGAGACGCGGUACACUGGCGAGCCCAACAAUCGCGCGGUCACUCGCAGACCAGCAGACAUCGUGCGCACCAGAAACCCUGGAGCAUGUAUAUCGAACGGCGGGCGUCGUGUAGUGAAAGCACUAUGUGCGUACACGGCCCGAGCGGAGUCCGACAUCUCCUUCCGCAAGGGAGACCGUAUGGAGGUGCUGAGCGAUGCGGAACCCGACUGGUGGCGGGUUUUACACCUGUCUACCAGGCGGGAAGGACUCGUACCAGCUAACUUUGUAGCGGAAGAAAGUUCCGUGGAGUGUGAGGACUGGUUCUUCCCACACGUAUCAAGGAAGGAGGCUGAUAAAUUACUCCUAGCCGAAAUCAAUCCUCGAGGAACCUUCCUCGUGAGGCCCGCAGAACAUAAUCCUCACGGCUUCAGCCUUAGCGUCAAAGAUUGGGAGGAGGGCAGAGGAUAUCAUGUGAAGCAUUAUAAGAUAAAACCGCUGGAUAAUGGGGGAUUUUAUAUUGCGACGAAUCAAACGUUUCCAAGCCUACCCGCGCUGGUGAUGUCUUAUACGAAGAAUGCGCUAGGCCUGUGUCACGUGCUAGCGCGGCCCUGUCCCAAGCCUGAGCCACAGAUGUGGGACCUGGGACCAGAGCUGAGGGACAAAUGGGAGAUCCCUAGGAGCCAGAUACAACUGAUCAAGAAACUGGGCCAGGGGAACUUUGGAGAAGUGUAUUACGGGAAAUGGUGUAACAAUAUUGAGGUUGCAGUAAAAACGCUACGAGAAGGCACGAUGUCCAAACAAGCCUUCCUCCAAGAAGCCUCCAUUAUGAAGAAGUUCCGUCACAAACGACUAGUCGCCCUUUACGCGGUGUGUUCACAACAGGAGCCCGUUUACAUCGUACAGGAGUAUAUGUGCAAAGGCUCCUUACUGGAAUUCCUCAGGAAUGGGGAAGGAAAGUCCCUCCAUUUUGAGGAUUUAGUCUACGUUGCAGCUCAAGUAGCAAGCGGAAUGGAGUAUCUCGAAUCCAAACUACUAAUACACAGAGACUUAGCAGCAAGAAAUGUGUUAAUAGGUGAAAAUAACGUAGCGAAAAUAUGUGAUUUCGGACUGGCUAGAGUGAUCGAAGACAACGAAUACUGUCCCAAACAAGGUUCCCGAUUCCCUGUCAAAUGGACGGCUCCCGAAGCAAUUAUUUAUGGACGUUUCUCUAUAAAAAGUGAUGUUUGGUCGUAUGGAAUUCUUUUAAUGGAGCUGUUCACAUAUGGUCAGAUACCGUAUCCAGGGUUGCAUGGGAAAGAAGUUAUCGAACAAGUGGAAAGAGGUUAUAGAAUGCCAAAACCUGUGGGUCACUAUCUACCAGAUGAUAUUUAUAGACUGAUGCUCCAGUGUUGGGACGCUAUCCCAGAGAAGCGACCGACGUUCGAAUUCUUGAAUCACUAUUUCGAAUCGUUCACAGUAACCAGUGAGAUACCGUAUAGAGAAGUGCAGGACUAGUGCUGUGAUAUAGUGGAAUAGGUUUUUUACACUUCGGAGUUUUAACACGCUGUGCGUUUUAAGUGAAAGUGAUGAGCCCGUAUUCUUUUUGAGUUUGGAUCUGUGACGGUUAUAUGCUGGACAUUUCUUUGCUGUUGGAGGUGAUAUGCUGUUGCAUUGCGAAUAUAUACAAUUUAUUCGAGUUAAGAAAAUAAUUAUUCACUGUCAAUUCCAAAUUCCGACCAAUUAGCUGGCUGU